CUUAAGGUCCACCAUAGCCAUGGCCGCCUCUCCCACUCUUCACUCUCAUAGGCCGAGGCUAUGGCGGGCUACUGUGCUCUGAUAAGAUGCCCAAAGGACAACCCAAAGCAGCUGUGGCUGCUCUUGCUCAGGCCGCCAUGCCAGACCCUGCCUCGAAGCUUCUUGGUGUAGCUCUCCCCAGCUGGGGACUCCCUGCUGCAGCGCCCACCAAGGUGAUGAAGAUGGCUGCCACCAUAGCCAGGAUCAUUCUGGAUGGGGAGCCGAUGCAAGUGGAUGAAUCGUUACUGACGGGAGAGUCACUGGCGGUGACGAAGCACACGGGUGAUGACUUGCUGAGUGGGUCAGUGAUCGAACAGGGAGAGAGAGAAGCUUUGAUCACAUCCACCGGAGCCAACACAUUCUUUGGGAAAACCAUGUCCCUUCUACAAAAGGAGACAGAUGCCGGUCACUUGACACAGAUGUUGAAUCAGGUGACAUAUAUCAUGACCUCACUCGGAUUUGUGGGUUCCCUCGUUAUAUUUGUUGUGGCUUUAGCAAGAGGGCAGGAGUUCGGACCAACCCUGGUUUACGCUCUGGUUGUUCUGGUUUCCGUGGUCCCCACAGGCAUGCCGGUGGUGACCACCACUGUGUUAGCUGUGGGGGCAAGAGAAUUGGCCAAUGAAAAGGCAAUUGUCUCCCGACUCUCUGCCAUGGAAGAAAUGUCCGGAAUGGAGGAUGCUAUUGACCGCACGGUGACCAAUGCCAUUGGGAAUGAUCACUCACGGCUUGCUCACUAUACCAUCAAGCGAUUUGUCCCAUUCAAUCCUGUUGACAAGCGAACAGAAGCAACAGUCGUCACAAAUGAGGGGAAAACUCUUCUGAUCUCCAAAGGAGCACCAAAUAUCAUGAUCGACAAGCUCGAUGAUGAAAAAGCCAGAGCUUUUGCGGAACAGUUCAUGCUAGAGAAAGCACAGCGGGGAUUCCGCACAAUUGGCAUCAUCUGCUCCAACACUGAAGGAGCACGCUGGCAACUGGUUGGCUUUAUUCCUAUGAUGGAUCCUCCUCGUGAAGACUCCCAGGAGACUAUAAGGCGUGCACAUGAGUUGGGAAUCGAGGUGAAGAUGAUAACAGGAGAUCAAAGGGCUAUUGCUGUUGAGACCGCUCGGCGGUUAGGCAUGGGCACCAACAUUCUGCCGGCGAAUGAGCUAGAAGACAAGCACCUCGCUGAUGUGGCAGCCCUCGCAUACAGUAGUGAUGGUUUUGCUGGAGUUUAUCCAGAGCACAAGUUCAGAAUAGUGCAGGGAGCAGCUGACAUGAUCUUGACAAAACCUGGAUUGUCGACGAUUAUCACUGCAGUUACGCGCAGCCGUAAGAUUUUCCGAAGACUCGAAUCGUACGUCAUCUAUAGGCUUGCCAGCAGCAUUCUUGUGCUUCUCUUUACGUUCUUCUCACUUGUGGCUCUUCGAUUUCAGCUGCCUUCUUGGUCACUGAUCCUCUUGAGCCUUGUGAACGAUUUCACCGUCAUGUCGACAUCUCUGGACAAUGUCUACAGCUCCAACAAUCCACUGAGAUGGCGGAUGGGGUACCUCCUCUUGCUAUCCUGCGUCAUUGGCGUAAUGGCAUUCGUUUCCUGUUUCAUUCUGUUGCUUCUCUCACGCCGGCAGUCUUGGGACUGGUGGCAUGUGUUUGGUAUCAUGACUGAUGGUGCUCCUGAUUCGAAGACAUAUGCGGCGGUCUUCCUUAGCUUGUCCAUAGCGGUCCAGCUAAACAUCUUUGCCUCCCGAACAAACGGAUUCUUCUUUUACUUCACGAGCAACACCGCACCGCCACCGUCCUUGUGGUUAGUACUCCCUGUCUGCUGUUCAUGCCUGAGUUCAACUCUGAUAUCAGUUUACUGGAGGAGCGGUAAAGCACGGGGACCGUAUGAGCCUAUGAGAGGGAUGUCCUGGGGAGCAUCAGGCAUUGUGUGGGUAUACCACAUCCUGUUCUUUGUGCUCUUGGAUGCCGUAAAGGUGUUUGCAGUCCAUUUUGCAGAGAAUUUUCCAUAUAUAAAUGUCGGACACUUGCUUCUUGCAGGCCAGUUGACGGUUGAGAAUGCCGAAAAGGAUAAAGAGCAAUUGCGAGUGGUGCAGAAAGAAAACAGGGCGAAGCUUCUCGACAAGCGUGGUGGUACAGCUGCAGAUGAACUUGCAGUCAAGUUUGCACUUGGGAAGCCAAUAGAAGCCCGAGUUGCCACACUGGAAGCUGAAAAUAUUCGGUUGAAAGCGGCACUUCAUAGAAUUGCGAUGACUGCCCUACACGAGUGCGCUGGGAUGCUGACGCAGGUGAAAGACAUGUUUGUCGGGCUUCUAGCAAGGAAACACGUGGGCGGUCCACCAGAUAGCGUGACAUGGACAACAUCAACAACAUCAACAUCAUCAACAACAUCAACAAUAGCUACAACAGUGACAUCACCGAAUACUCCACUCUGCCUCCAGCAACUGAAGCCAUUUGAUCAGGAUUGUGACGAAUUGCGGGAGGAUUUCAUGGUAUCGGCUUCGUUUGGCAGUCAGUUUCAGUCUGUCGUAGCGAAUAAUGGAGAUUUGACAGAUGUAGGGGCGGCGAUCCGGGCGCCUGCUCUGGAAGAUUUGUUGACAUCCGUUUCACUCUCUCACCAACAAUCCGCUGAAGAUCACAAGGCAUCAUCAUCAUCAUCUGACAUCGAUACUUCGGCACAGCAGCUAGACAAGGUGCUCACAGAUGACCAUUGUGCACAGGUGACCAAGCACCUGGCAGAGAUGAUCAUCUUGGAGCACAAGAUCACCAUUUCCCACUUCACGAACUGGGACGAUCGUUUCGAUCGUUUGGAGCGGCGGGUUGACGACCUGGCAACUCAGCAGUCAAAGAUUCUGGAUGCAAUUCAGAACUUGACUGCUCAGCUGUCAGCCGCCAAGCUGAUUGCCCCUCAACUCCCUCUGUUGAAACCCAAACCUUCUCCUCCUUCUUCACGUCCUUCCACUCCCCCUGGUUCAGCACAUUCUUCCCGGUCACCAUCCCACUCCCAAAAAGCCUCAGGCAAGGCCACCUAUGCUGUUGUUACUGCAGGAGACCAAAGAGGUCCCAAGAUCCCUGCUCCCAACAAGUUUAGGGGCGAUGACCCCAAGACCGAUGUUGGGGACUGGGCUGCUGGGACCAAAGCCUACUUGAGGGGCUUUGUCUGUGCAGAACAGACCAAGGUGGCGACUGUUCUGGGAAUGCUGGAGGGACCUGCAUUAAAGUGGGCCACUUCCACCUCCAGCAGCCUGCAACAGUCAAUGGAGGAUUGGGCUUUUGGGUUUGGGUUGGACAGACUUCUGCAGGCCCUGGAGGACCGGUUUGCAGACAAGGAGCGGGCACGCAAGGCUGCUGACAGGAUUGCUCGCCUGGGACAACAGCGAUAUAGCGCCACCCUGCAGGCCUUGUUUGCUGAGUUCGAGCAACUUACCUCCACCCCUGGGUUGGUCAUGUCCUCUGAUGAUUUGCUGACCAACUUCUGCAGGGCAGCGCCUGAGAAGUUUGUUGUUGUUUUGUACAGUGUUGGGCACAAGGACUGGAGGUCCUUUGGCCGCGCAGCCCUGGACAUGGAGGCAAAGCUUCAUGUCCAGGCCCCAUCCUCUGAUAGGAGGAAAGGUGCCUUCCCUAGAGGUGGCAGAAAGGGAAAGGAGCCCUUUGGGUUACCCAACCGGUCAACCAAGCAUCACAUCGAGCUGCUGCCUGGAGCAGUCCCUCCCAAGGGCCGCAUGUACAGGAUGUCCCCUGCUGAGCUUGAGGAGCUCGGAAAGCAGCUUGAGACCCUGACCAGCAAGGGCUGGAUCAGACCCAGCACUUCUGAAUUCGGUAAACCCGUUCUCUUUGUGCCUAAAGGGAAUGGCGAGUUCAGAAUGUGCAUUGACUACAGGGGUCUCAAUAAUAUCACUAGGAAGAGUACUGAGCCACUUCCUAGGAUCGAUGACCUCCUGGACAUGGUGCAGGGCUGCACAGUGUUCAGCAAAGUCGACCUCAAAUCUGGUUACCACCAGAUUGAGAUGGCAGAGGAGGAUGUCUAUAAGACAGCCUUCAAGACCAGGUAUGGGACAUAUGAGUUUCUGGUCAUGCCAUUUGGAUUCUGCAACGCCCCAGGCACCUUCCAGACAGAGAUGCACCGCAUCCUCAGGCCUUACCUGGACAAGUUUAUGGUUGUCUACCUGGAUAACAUCCUGGUAUUCAACCGGACUGCCAGGGAACAUGCGGAGCACUUGGCUCUUAUCCUUCAGUCGUUACGUGACACCCAGUACAAGAUCAACAGGGAGAAGUCCUCUUUUGGAGUUCCAUCUGUCAUCUACCUGGGUCAUGUAAUCUCUGGAGAUGGCCUGGCUCCUGAAGCAGCCAAGAUUGCUGCUAUUCAGGAGUGGCCUCAGCCACAGACAGUGAGGGAUGUCAGGUCCUUCAUGGGUCUAGCCUCAUACUACAGGAAGUUUGUCAGGAACUUUUCUGCAGUGGGUGCACUCCUGACCAACCUAACAAAGAAAGAUACUCCCUUUCUUUGGUCCCUUCCCUAUCAGCUAGCCUUCACACGACUCAAGAAGGCCUUGACUCGUGCACCUGUGCUGAAGUUGCCUGACCCCACCCUAUUAUUCAUCCUGACCACUGACGCUAGUCAGUAUGGCAUUGGGGCAGUUCUUCAGCAAAAUGAUGGGAAUGGUCUACGGCCUGUAGAGUUCAUGAGUAAGAAGAUCAAGACUCAAAAGCUCCAGGACUCUACCUACGAGAAAAAGCUAUAUGUUCUUGUCUGUGCCCUGAAACAUUGGAAGCACUUUCUCCUGGGAAGGCACUUCAAGAUCUUUUCAGAUCACACCACCCUGCAGUGGAUGAAGUCCUAGGGAGAGUUAAAUGACAAACUGGCACGAUACAUUCCGUUCA